CAGGCAGCCGGAGCGGCCUCCAUUCCUCCCCUCCUCCCUCCUCCUCUGCCUCACCUCCGGGCUCCCCUUCCUCCGGCGACGCCAUCGACCGGCAUGUCGCCCGCGCUCUCCGCCUGCCCCGCGCCCCUGCUCCUCCCUUCCCCCUCGACGAAGCCCCGCCGUGGACCGCCCCAACCGUCGACCCGGCCACCGGCGCCGCUGGCAGUAAGAUGUAGAUUGCCAUGGUUGAGACCAAUACGUCACAAUGUUAGAGUGCAAACAUCCAAUGUAAAUGUAGGAGCUGGAAGCUAUGAAGGAGGUGAAGCAGGUAACCAUGGGGAACAUUUGGAUAGUUCCACUACCAGCAAUUCAAACAAACCAACAAAACUACCUUCAGGAUCUCGUUACCCACAAUCCAUUGCAGCUGGGAUACUUCUAUGUGCCGUGGCAUCUGCUUUUAUUGUUUUCUUCAAAGGACAGCCAUCUGCAGUUGUAGCAAUGCUUGCAAAGUCAGGUUUCACUGCAGCAUUUACACUAAUUUUUGUAUCAGAGAUUGGGGAUAAGACAUUUUUCAUCGCUGCACUUCUUGCUAUGCAAUAUCAGAGAGCAUUGGUUUUACUUGGGUCAAUGGCUGCUCUUUCCCUGAUGACCAUCGUGAGUGUUAUAAUUGGAAGGAUUUUCCAGUCUGUGCCAGCACAAUUUCAAACAACGUUACCUAUAGGAGAGUAUGCAGCAAUUGCCCUCCUGGCAUUUUUUGGUUUCAAGUCAAUAAAAGAUGCAUGGCAACUUCCAGAUAAUACAAAUGGAAAUCUUCAGGGAAACUCUGAAUCUGGGGAAUUGGCUGAGGCCGAGGAGCUUGUCAAGGAGAAGGUGUCAAAAAAGUUAACCAGUCCUCUUGAGGUCCUUUGGAAGUCUUUCAGCCUUGUUUUUUUUGCAGAGUGGGGAGAUCGCUCUAUGCUAGCUACAAUUGCGUUAGGUGCUGCUCAGUCUCCUUUUGGCGUCGCCAGCGGAGCCAUAGCUGGACAUUUGGUUGCAACAUCCCUUGCAAUUGUUGGGGGAGCAUUCUUGGCCAACUACCUAUCUGAGAAGCUGGUUGGCCUGAUAGGAGGAGUACUUUUUUUGCUCUUUGCUGCUGCCACAUUUUUUGGUGUAUUCUAAUAAUCUCUGAAGAAUCUGUAGCGAAUUAUAGAUUUUACAGGCCAAUUUGGCCCUGUUUUGAGGUUUUGAGGGGCAAAACUUGGUCUAGCCCUGGUUGUAUGUAACUAGGCACUCUCAGGGCAUGAUUUUUCACGUGCAUACUUUCUAUCAUGUUGAUUUUGAGAACCAUUCAAUGUAAGUAAUAUAUGACCAUUUGGACUGUUAACAUACUAGCAUGGCAUUUAAUAAAUUGAUUAGAUAUGUUUAAGUGACAACUAUUGUUUUAUCUUUGAACUUCGCAUACAUAAAGGAUUAUAA